AUGGGGUUGAUUUCUGUCAGAGAUGAAUCAACCCAAUGCAUUCGCUAUCGUUUCUUAAAUUCCCAAAUAUGCUUAUGGAUUGGAUGCUGUCAGGUAGUAGUCUGCUUAUGGGGAGUAGCGCAACAUGGUCACUCUUACACGCAUCAUAAUAAGAUUUUGAAAUGUGAUUUUGUCUCGGGUACAUUACCACUUGAAGCUGCAGAUGCUGUUAUAUUCGACGUAGGCCUUCUUCACUCAUUAUGGGGGAUACGUGGAUGUGUUGCUGAAUAUUUGGAUGGAGGACUCGGCCGUCUUUUAUGGUGUAUAUCACAUUGUCUUUCACUCUUGUUUAGCUUACCAUUUGCAUUUGCAUCACGACCUCGUCCAUACUGCUUAUGGCCAUUGCUAGUGCAGCAAUCUGUUUAUGGCAUAGGCUUACUCAUCUUAUUUCUUGCUGCACUGCCGCGAAUCCUCCCAUUAAUCAUAGAGCCUAUGUCAGCACCUUUGAUAGCUAUUGUCGUCUAUAUAGCUGGAACUACGGGAAACUUCUUCCUUCUGUACGUAUCAUGGCAUUGGUACUGGCAUGUGGAUUCCAUGUGGAACACAGCAAUUCGUGUUCGUUUCGGUCAGAUUGUUCGUAAUGCCAACAAUCGAUCACGUAGAGAUAAACCAAUAGUUGCCAAAGAACAGCCUAGUUUUCCUUUACCCACAGUAGAAUCAGAAGUACAGGUUGUUUCAACCAGUCCUCCUGUUUCUAUCGAAGCCUCAACUUCUCGAGAAUCAGAGCUGUCAUAUGUAACACCUGAGAAAACUCCUCCAGUUAUUAUUGCAACCCCCCUUUAUUCAAACUCCAUCGAGAAUAAGUAUUUAAGAGCUCAAGACGUGGCUAGAUUAAGUCGCGUCCGACGUGUAUUACCUCCUACCCCGGACGAGGAUCCUGCAAUGAUAUCUAAACCCAUAUUCUAUUUAAGCAAUUCGCAACUGUAA